UGUGUUGUCUGGACUGACCCAACUGAGGUAAAACAGGCUGUUGAACUAUUACCUCAAUGGGCUGAUAUAGACUUGGAUGAUGCUCUUGAACUAUUGGGUGCUAAUUUUGAGAACCGGUCUGUUCGUGGAUAUGCCGUCAGUCAAUUGAAAAAAGCAGAUGACGAGGAACUGUUAUUAUAUUUGUUACAGCUUGUUCAAGCUUUAAAAUUUGAAAAUAUUAGUGAUAAAUCUAGCACAUCACAUGAAUCUAGCUUGGCGGAAUUCUUAAUUGAAAGGGCGAUUAAAAAUCCCAUUUUAGGGAAUAACUUUUAUUGGUAUCUCAUGGUUGAAUGUGAGGAUAAAGUAGUUGGCAAAAUGUAUGGCAAAAUUUCUUUUCAGUUCAUGAAAGCCAUGAAGGAGAUCCCGACGGGUCUCGAUCGACGAGAUAUACUUCGUCGGCAAGGAGAGUUGGUUGUUGCACUUUCGUCUAUAUCUAAAGAAAUUCGCAUGAUGAAAGAGGCUAGACCUAAAAAAAUUGAAAGACUUAGGGCAAUAAUAUCAGAUCCUAAGAAUGGCUUAUUGCAAUUUCCACCUUUGCCUUUACCACUUGACGCCCGUGUAGAAGUUACUGGUAUAAUUCCAGAAAAAGCCACGGUAUUUAAGAGCAAUUUGUUCCCAUUAAGACUGACUUUUACACUAGCUGAUGGUGGAGAGUAUCCGGUUAUAUUUAAAACUGGUGAUGAUCUUCGUCAAGAUCAACUCGUCAUUCAAAUUAUCACGCUUAUGGACAGGCUUUUGAGAAAAGAGAAUUUAGAUCUCAAAUUGACACCCUAUAAAGUUCUGCCCACUGGUUCAGAUCAUGGUGUGAUGCAAUUUAUCACAUCAUCUUCAUUAGCAAAUGUUUUGAGUGAAUACAAUGGUAGUUUGUUACAGUUCUUGAAAGCACAUCACCCUGAAGAGAAGGCAGUGGGAACAUAUGGAGUUAGUCCUGCUGUAAUGGAUACUUAUGUGAAAAGUUGUGGCAUGUAUCCAUCA